CAGGUCCUCCUGACUUCAGGGCUUGCGCUCUAUCCGCUGCGCCACCUAGCUGCCCCCCUGAGGUGUUAUAUUACAGUGGAAAGAUUGGCCUGGAUGUUAGGAAGUCUGAUUUCCAGUUCUGGUUCUACCAGUGGUGAGCAGUGUGAUCUUGGACAAGCCUCUUAGCUUCUCUAAGGGUCUAUAAAAUGAGACUAAAUGUGAUCCUUCUGGUUCCUUCCACUUUUGAAGUUCUCAGUAUUCUAGGAAUUUGUGGAGUGGACUUUGUUUCUCAGUUAUCCACUGUGACAGGCGGCUGUCUCGUCCUCCUAGGGAGCCGAGUGGUGAGAGCAGAUAGCAUCGAACAGCACUCUCUCCGAGCUUUGUCUCUGCCCAGGGGAGAUGUCCUAAUGGGUGUGAGCAAGUUAGAUGUUUUUUACCGACGGCUCCUCCUCACAAAGCUUUUCAUCAGAGGAUGGGGAAGGCCUGAAGAUCUGAAACGACUUUUUGAAUUCAGAAAGAUAAUUGGUAAUCGAGAAAAAUGCCAGAAUAUGGUUUCAAGAGAUUAUCCAGUGUACAUUGACAAGAUUGAAGAAGAGACUGACUGUAAAAUUCUUGAAGGACAUUUUGUUUCUCCGAUGGCUCAUUAUAUUCCCGAUCUCAUGCCCAUUGAAUCUGUUAUUGCCAGGUUUCAAUUCAUUGUACCUAAAGAAUGGAACAAUAAAUACAGACCCGUGUGUAUCCAUCUUGCUGGAACGGGAGAUCACCAUUACUGGCGACGACGAACACUGAUGGCCCGCCCAAUGAUCAAAGAAGCGUGUAUGGCUUCCUUGUUGUUAGAAAACCCUUAUUAUGGCUGUAGGAAACCCAAAGAUCAAGUAAGGUCAAGCUUGAAAAAUGUGUCUGACCUCUUUGUGAUGGGAGGGGCCCUUGUUCUAGAAUCUGCAGCUCUCUUGCAUUGGCUAGAGAGGGAGGGUUAUGGACCUCUGGGGAUGACUGGAAUAUCCAUGGGAGGACAUAUGGCUUCAUUAGCUGUAACCAACUGGCCUAAACCUUUGCCACUAAUUCCAUGUCUUUCUUGGUCAACUGCUUCUGGAGUCUUUACUACGGGCGUGCUAAGUAAAUCAGUCAAUUGGAGGGAAUUGGAGAAACAGUACUACACACAGACAGUUUAUGAAGAAGAGAUUUUUCACAUGCUUGAAUAUUGUGGGACAGAUUCUUUUAAAAUGGGACAAGACUUUGUGAAACAUUUCCCUAAAAGUGUGGACAACCUGGCCAAUUUUGAUCUGACUCCCAGAACUUUGAACCUAGACAUGGGUGAAUCGUUAUGCAUGAAAUCUGCUCAGUGUCAUAACACUGGUAAAGCCUCUCUCAAUGCCACAUCAGAAGGCCUUGUGUUGGAAGAUGUCUCUAAGAUUCAGUCCCUGAGUCAAACGCUGUCCUCCAGGAAGAGCAGUGAUGGCAGCUCUGUAAGUCGAUCAGACCACCAAUUCAAUGAAGAAAAAAGAAGGAGCACUUUACAGAAGGAAUCUUUAAUGUUUAUGAAAGGCGUCAUGGACGAAUGUACUCAUGUAGCAAAUUUCUCAGUUCCAGUCGAUCCAAGUCUGAUUAUAGUGGUUCAAGCCAAAGAAGAUGCCUAUAUUCCACGAACAGGAGUUCGAAGCCUUCAAGAAAUUUGGCCUGGAUGUGAAAUUCGAUACCUAGAAGGGGGACAUAUUAGUGCUUACCUUUUCAAACAAGGACUCUUCAGGCAAGCCAUCUAUGAUGCAUUUGAACGUUUUCUCCGUAAAUAUGCUUAUUGAGCAUAACUGGGAUGAUUACCAUGUUUACGGUUCUUAUACCGGGCGUUUUCAUCCAGUGUUCUUUUGUGAAGAACAGGCAGACUACAGCAUCUGGAAAUCAUGGACUUGGGCAGCAGUGCAGUUUUGAAGAUCUACCAGCUACAUGUUUUUAAUGUAUUUGAAUCAUAUUUUUAACAAGAAACUUGCUAAAAUGUAAAUGAAUACAGAUAGCUUUCUUUAAUGUUUA